AUGGCCCGGGCCGAGCGGCUGCGGAACAAGCUCGUGGAGCGCUGCGAGCGGAUCCAGCUGCAGAGCGCGGCCAUCGCCCGGCACGUGGACGAGGUGCUGCCAGCCAAAGACCAGGACGUCCAGAGCGCGGCCAGCGCGGCGCGGGAGCUGGUGGUGCAGAGGCUGCUCCUGGUGGGCAAGGCCUGCGAGAACGAGGAGCAGCGGCUGCUGGAGAGGGUGCAUGCCGAGGAGGAGAGGGCACACCAGAGCAUCCUCACCCAGCAGGUGCACUGGACAGAGGCUCUGCACAAGCUGGGUGCCCUCCGCACCUACCUGGUGGACAUGAUCACCAGCCUGGAUGACCAGGGCCUGCUGCGUGCAGAACAGGAGAUCUUCGAGAGGACAGAGCUGGCAGAGGGAAUCUUGGAGCCCCAGGAGUCCCUGAAGUUAAACUUUAAUCAGAGCUGUGUUCAGAGUCCACUGUUGCAUCGACUGUGGGCCUGUGCUGUGCUCUGCUGCCUCACAGGCUCACAGGAGAUUCACAUCGAUGAGAAAACCCUGAGCCCCCACCUCAGCCUGUCAGAGGACAAGAGAACCCUGACCUUCAGCCCCAAGAAAGCAAAGGUGGACUCGGGCUGCCCCGAGCGCUUUGACCACUGGCCCAACGCUUUGGCCACUGCCCCUUUCCACUCGGGGGUGUGUGCCUGGAAGGUCAGCGUGGAGCAGAGCUGUGCCUACAAGCUGGGAGUGUGCUACAGCUCCGUGCCCAGGAAGGGCUCUGCCAACGAGGGCCGCCUGGGCUUCAACGCCGCCUCCUGGGUGUUCUCACGCUACGACAAAGAAUUCCGGUUCCUGCACGCGGGGCAGCCCCAGCCCGUGGAGCUGAUCAAGGCCCCCGCAGAGAUCGGGGUCCUGCUGGACUUUGCAGGGGGGGAGCUGCUCUUCUACGACCCUGACUCCUGCGCCAUCCUCUUCUCCCACCGGCAGCCCUUCCUGGAGCCCGUGUUCCCCGUCUUUGCCGUGGCACACCAGAGCAUCUCGCUGGGCCCCCGUGCGUGA